CACUGUGAUCUUCCUUAUUAGACUGAGAACGUCCCUCUUCCCAGUGUAACCAGAGGAGCGUCUUGACUUGCUCAUCCUGUCUGUGUCAGCAUUUGAAUACCUCUUUCUUUUCAGUUUCCUAAGACUGCCUUUCGAAAUACUUCAGGCGUCAAGAGCAAGAGGAAGUCACUUGACAAAGAAGGACAGAAGAAAGACGAUAUGGAUAGAGAACACACACUCAACGGGGAGGCCGUCGCUCUCAAUAAACCCAAUGACAAAGACAUAGAGGCGGUAACAUCUCCCUCAGGCAAGGUGUAUCGGCCCAUCAACAUGAACCACUAUGCCACCAAGAAGAGUGCCGCUCAAAGCAUGCUGGAUGUGGCCUUGCUGAUGGCCAACUCGUCCCAGUUGAAGACCGUUCUCUAUGUGGGGCCGCAGUAUCGUUUCUACAUCCCCCUCAUUGUCCUCCUGUGUCUGUCCAUUACGCUGCAAGUCAUUGUGGGGCUUCUGCUCGUUUUUAUAGUGAAGUACGAUCUGAACGACGUGCGUAAACAUGCCAAGUUGAACAAGAUGAACAAUGUGGCGACUGUUAUGGUGUUCUUCACGGUCCUCAUCAACAUCUUCAUCACGGCGUUGGGCUUUGAGGGACACGCUCUCAGGCCAUCAAAAUACGGCGCAAUGUUUGAAGCGACGCCUGAGAUGUCCCCGCAACGUUCUGAGCUCAACAUGACGACUGGCCUUUGAACCUGCACCACUUUCACCUAGUCAGUUUUUCAAUAUGUACAUAGAGCUUUGUAUUGUCACACUUCAAAAUGUUAUAUAAUUCACAAUUUUUAUGCAUAAAUAGCCUGAUUGUAUUUAUAUGAAUAUUGACAUCUCAGAAUUUUGUUGAAAUGACACAACGGAUGAGAUGGUCAAAUUAAUACAUACAUUUUGUCAACGUUUUAUCUUUCAGUUGUAAUUGGUCACAAAAGUAACGAUACCUGGCAACUUCAUGUUGUGGUUUUAUUUAUAUCAAUAACAGCUUCCACUUUGUAAAACA